CCUGGGGCAUCGGGACCCACCUCUCCAAUUCUAAUUGUUCAAAGGAGAAACUGAAAUUUCUCUGUAGCUAUUAGACUUAUUCCAUGCACAUCCUCUCUUCUUAUCCUUCCAUGUCAUAAUAUUGUCCUUCUUCACAAUCCCAACCGUCAUUUUCAAAUCUGAUCUAAAUAUCUAUGUUUGUGUUUCGUGUUCCAUUUUGUUGAUAAAGAUUUAACAUUUUGAACAUUCUGCCAGGCAACAAUGAUGUAAUAAUCACCCACCAUUAGAUUCUCAAUCAAGCUUGAUAUUAUGGUGUUGCCCUUGGUUGUCAGUUUGGGAUUUUUUUGAGGUAGAUAAAGGUGGUGCCUUUCUCGUUAUCUCAUCCUUCUAUAAGUAUUUGCUGAUCUCUAGUGUGAUUGUCAUCAAGGGAUAUUCUUUUUUCUUUAAGGAGAAAUGAUAGAAGAGAAAGAGAAAAAGUUCCUCACGGUUGCACCAUUUCAGUGUGCUUGGAGGAAGGAUUUGAAAUUCCGGGAAGCCGGUAGAGGUUGUGUGGCUUUUGAUGCUUUUGCUCAUAAUGAUGUUACUUUGGUGUUUAGGGAGAAUGUAGGGAGCCAGCACUACCAUUAUAAGAGAGAUAACAGCCCUCAUUAUACUGUGAUUCUUGGAAGUCAUAGGAACCGUAGAUUGAAAAUUGAGGUAAAUGGCAAGACUGUGGUUGAUGCAGAAGGUAUUGGACUUUGCAGCUCCUUUGCAUUUCAAAGUUAUUGGAUUUGUAUUUAUGAUGGGUUGAUUAGUGUAGGUAAGGGAAGAUACCCUUUUCAGAAUCUUGUAUUUCAGUGGUUAGAUUCGAACCCAAACUGCAAUGUUCAGUAUGUUGGGCUUAGUAGCUGGGAUAAACAUGUUGGCUAUAGAAAUGUCAACGUGUUGCCAUUGCCACACAAUCAUAUGUUACUAUGGGAGCAAGUUGAUUCUGGAGAACAUGGGGGCAAGGAGGAUUUUGAAGAGGAUUUGGAAGAUGAACAAAUGGACUAUGAGAAAUGGGGACUUGAAAAUUACCUGGAGAGUUGGGAAUUAUCUGAUAUGUUCUUUGUUAUUGGUAAAGAAGAAAGACCUGUGCCGGCUCAUAAGGUUAUCUUGCAAGCAUCUGGUAAUUUUCCUCUCAGUUUGUCAAAUGAAGACGUUGUUCUGCUGCAGGAUGUGACUUAUCCAAUUCUGCACGCGCUUCUUCAAUUUAUUUAUACAGGCUACACCCAGAUUUCGGAGUCACAACUUGGUUCAUUGUGGGCUUUGAGUAUACAGUUUGAAGUGAUGCCACUGGCCAAGCUGUGUGAGGAAACUGUUGAUCGUUUUAAAUUGAAUAAAAAAUUGUUUACCUCUGGUAAGAAAGUGGAAUUAUCAUUUCCAAACUUGUGGCCUCACAGUUAUAUGACUUUCCCCUUUGGGCUUCCCGUCAAUGUGCAAAAGCUCAAAAAGUUGCAUUCAGAUGGCGAGUACAGUGAUGUAAAUAUUUAUGUUGAGAGUUAUGGUCUUGUUGCUCGAUGUCAUAAAGUCAUUUUAAGUAUGUGGAGCGUCCCAUUUGCAAAGAUGUUCACAAAUGGAAUGAGUGAGAGUAGUUCUUCAGAUGUUUAUCUAAGUGAUGUCUCACCAGAAGCAUUCGCGAUUAUGCUUGACUUCAUGUAUAGUGGGGAAUUCAGUUUGGAAGAUACAAUGGAUUUUGGAAGCUUGUUACUCCAGCUUCUUCUAUUAGCUGACAAAUUUGGGAUCACUCUUCUUUAUCAGGAAUGCUGCAAAACACUUUUAGAAUCCCUCUCGGAGGAUUCAGUAUGUCCGGUCUUGCUUGCGGUUUCAUCAAUUCCAUCAUGUAAACUCAUUGAAGAAACCUGUGAGAGAAAAUUUGCAAUGCACUUCAAUUAUUGCACAACUGCAAGCGUUGACUUCAUCUUGUUAGACGAGAGAACUUUUUGCUGUAUCAUUCAGCAUCAAGAUCUGACAGUAACAUCCGAAGAAAGAAUUCUCAAUGCAAUUUUGAUGUGGUGCAUGAGAGCUAAGGAGUUGGUUGGGUGGGAAAUGGUGGAUGAGCUAAUGGAAACUUCAACUCCUUACCUCAUUUUUCAAGAGAGGUUUCAAAUUCUGAAUGACUUAUUGGCAUAUGUGCGAUUUCCAUUGAUGCCAUGCCACUUGCUUAAGAAGUUGAGGCAUAGCAAUCUUUGCAAGAACAUUCGCAUUUUUGAUAAUCUUGUGAGUGAGGGCAUCAAUUAUGUCGAAUAUGGAUUAGCAAGGACAGAAAGUGACAAAAAGGAAUGGUUUCAACAUAGGCGAUCUAGUUAUAAGGAGCUCCAAUACAUAUGCGAUGGGGACAGCAAUGGAGUAUUGUACUUUGCUGGAACAUCUUACGGGGAACACCAGUGGGUUAAUCCUGUUCUGGCUAAGAGAAUCACCAUUACAGCCAGCAGUCCCACUUUAAGACACACUGACCCAAAGGCCUUGGUAUCAAGAACUUACCAAGGAACAUCUUUUGCUGGGCCUCGGAUGGAAGAUGGGAAUAAAUGUGCAUGGUGGAUGGUUGACAUUGGUAAAGAUCAUCAGCUAAUGUGCAACUACUACACCCUGAGACAAGAUGGAUCAAGAGCCUAUAUAAGAUUUUGGAAUUUGCAGGGUUCGCUUGACGGGAAGUCUUGGACAAACUUGAGAGUACACAAAGAUGACCAAACAGUGUGCAAGCCCGGUCAGUUCGCAUCAUGGCCCAUAACUGGGCCUAAUUCCCUGCUUCCAUUUAGGUUUUUUAGGGUUAUAUUGACCGGUCCUACCACAGAUGUCUCGGAUCCCUGGAACUUGUGCAUUUGCUUCUUGGAACUCUAUGGCUACUUCCGUUGAUCUUAUGGCUGCAGAUGGUAUUAUUGUCUAAUAAUCUGUGCUCAUAACUACUACGUACAGUUUCUGUACUAUGCAAAUAAGAGCAAUAAUGGAGUUUCGCACACUUACAGUACCAUACAAAAGCAAAAAGAUCUUUGAAGUUUGUAAUGUUCAUCUUUGCUUUGAUUUGAUCUAUAAUCUGGGGUCCAUUAAUUCAAUGUACCAUUUUUCUCUACAA